UGAGCGCCCGCCCUCGGCUCUCCGGUUCAGCCGGCGUUGCCUUUUCCGCUUUGCGGAGCGGAGAAGGUCUGGUGAGCGAGCGGGGAGCAGACCCCUCGCGAAGGACCCCUUUCCGAGGCUGAGCAAGCGCCUGGUGAGCGCUCUUAAGCCAAGCACCCGUUGGCAAAAGAAGGCCUUUUCUUGCUUCCCAGCUGCUGGGCGCCAUGCUGAUGUUUGAGGGUGCAAAGCAGGGUUGCAUGUGAACGUAAAAGAAAAAAACACGAUGUGCCAGACCUUCCCCUCCAGGUGUCUCGGGGUUUGUGCAGGGCUAGUGCUUAGGAUCAGCUGGCCUAAGUGAGACCGUAGUCAGGACUGGUUUCUUGUAUGACGUUCAGGAGUUGAACAGGAGCCUUGAGUCGUUAGGACACCAUACCUUAGCUGUAUGUGGUAAUUGGCUGCAAUUACUUCAGGUGCAUAGCUUUUAUUUUCAGCAACUUGGCUAUAGCGAUAAUAUUGAUUCUGUUUCUAAAAUGGUAUAUUUCUCUCUAGCCAUCAUAACGCAUCAUAGUAAAAAACGUAGUUGUCUCUGACAGAUAAACGGCAGCUGUAGAUUCAUAGAGGCAAUUUAAUGUAACUUUUUGGAUUUUUUUCUGAACGUUCUCAAAUACUAGAACCAAGUAAGACUUUUUUUUAAUCCAGCUUCUUUUCUCAGGUAAGAGAUUUUUUUUCACGUUCUCUCUUUAGACAUUUUUGAAUAAACAUGGAAGAUAUGUCCUUCACUCCUAAACAGAGAACUAAUCUCGUGGUUUUAUGAGGUGAAACAAGGAGGAGAUUUCUAAGACUUUCCUCCUUUGUAUGCUCUGAGCAAGUGCUAAUGGUAAUCCCAUCCUUUUUCUUUUUAUGUGCCUGGAUUAUGUCAUGGUCCAAGAAAACAGCAUUUCCUGAAUUCUGUGUCUGACCCUCCGUGAGAUAGAAAGCAAAAGAAACUGAAUGUGACUGUUCUGUUUGGCUCCUUGUACAACAUACCGCCAGCAUCUUUACUCUUAGGGGCUUGUUGAGCUUCUGUUAUUGAAGAGUGAGGAUGGUAGUAUAGCGUGUUAUUGCCAGUAAUUGUUGGCAAAUACUUGAUGUUUUGUAAUGAGUUCAACAUCUAUGUUGAACUGUGGACUGAUCUAUGUGAUCCAGUCCUUGUUCUGUGAGAAAAGGUUUGACUUGUGUUCGGAAAUUAUCAGUCAAUUUGCUUCUCCAUUUGCUUUUUCCACAGGAUGUUGCUUUAUUUCUUCAAGAGUUCAACGCCCCAGAUAUAUUCAUGGGAGUUUUUGCCAAGUCAAAAUGUCCUCGCCUUACUGAAAUCUGUGUGGGAAUACUGGGAAAUAUGGCUUGUUUCCAAGACAUAUGCAUGUCUAUUAGCAAAGAUGAGAAUCUUGGCCAAGUGUUACUGCAACGUUUGUGUGAUUCAGACUCUCCAACUCUUCUGGAAAUAAGCAGGUUGCUGUUAACUUGCCUCUCACAACCCGAGGUGGCCAAUGUCUGGGUUGAGAGAAUCCGAGAAAGCCCUUCUGUCUUUGACUGUGUUUGCUUUAUCAUGUCGAGCUCUACAAAUGUUGAAUUGCUGGUCAAAGUGGGUGAAGUGGUGGACAAACUCUUUGAUCUAGAUGAAGAGCUAAUGUUAAACUGGAUUAAAAAUGGCACUUGUCAGUCCGUGGGACCAUCUAUAGAUGAUUCCCCUGAAGAACUUCCAGAUUUUAAGAUCGUGCCUUGUAUACUUGAAGCAGCCAAACAAGUCCGCUCAGAUAAUCCAGAAGGACUUGAUGUUUAUAUGCAUAUCUUGCAGCUCCUAACCACGGUGGAUGAGGGCAUUCAGGCUAUUGUGCAGGCUCCUGAUGGAGGAAAAGAAACUUGGAGUUUGCUUUAUGACCUAGUUUGCCAUGAACUCUGCCAACCAGAUGAUCCAGCAAUCGUUGUUCAGGAGCAGAAAACUGUAUUGGCCUCUAUUUUGUCUGUACUUUCUGCUAUGUUUGCCUCACAGACGGAACAAGAAUACGUCAAGAUGAGGAAAAAUAUGCCUCUGAUUGGGAGCUUGAUUCGUAUCUUACAAUACAUGGAAGGCUGUGGGAAGAGAUCUGUGGAUGACUCAAAGGAAUCCAAACAGGAUGAAACUGGAAAGGCAGAACUAAAUGAGGAAGAUUUCCAUUUGAAAAUUUUGAAGGAUAUCUGCUGUGAAUUACUUUCCAAUAUGCUUCAAGAGCUGACCAAGGAAAAUAUAUUAGAAGGGCUAAAUCAGGGACAUUUAAAUGAGCAGACAUGUUCCUGUGCGUUUCAGAACCUCUUGCCUUUGUAUUUCACAUCGGUGGAGAGCUUCCUUGAAGUUUUGCGUGAAGCUGAUCAGACGCUUGCUGACAAUCUAGAAAAACGUUUCCCAAGCCUGAAGGUCCACACCUAAGAGUGUACAUGAAAUAUUUUCCUUCUUUGGGAUGAAGAUUUUUUGACUGUUUCUUUACAGUGUUUUAGAAGUCAAAUUUUCAGUAAGUGCAGAAGAAUAAGGCAAUGUCCUUACCAACAGAUGGCUUGUAAGAGAUGUUCCACGUAGCCCAGAUUAAUUUAGGGUUAAUCUAGUCUGCAUGGGGAAGGAAAUGAUUGUAAGUUUAGUUCUGCCUUUUCCAUCGUGUUUGCUCUGGUGAUGAGAGACUGUUGAUUUCUAGUUGCUCUUCUGCAGAGUAGCAUUCUUUGAAUAACUCUUGAUCUUGUGCUAUUCAACUUAUGUUGGAACAGUUAAAUGAAUGAAAUGCACUGAGUAUAGUUUUUUAACGUGAUGCUGGCCUUUUCUAAGUUGCUGUUGGCAGAAGGAGGAUUGAUCCAUGGGAAAUCUCAGAUGUCCUCUGGUUAACAGGUCAUCGUCUUUUCCAAGCACCUGAUAAAAACAGAGUUAAAUUACACAGGGAAGAGGCUUGUUUUAAGUCCUAUCUGUACUUGAGCGGAUAUUGUAA